CUGUGCGCCAUGUUUUCCAGAAAGAGCGGACUGGUGUUGCACUAAAGGUGGAAACAAAAAAAAAGAAGCGUGAAAUAGAAACUAGGCCAGAUGUUUUUUUUACACAAACCACAAAAAGAGCUACGUGAGUAGAAACGUGAUUGUGCGGACUGCGGAGUUUUAUAAACAUCAUCACACUGCGCGCCUCGCGGUGACGCCGGAAGACAACACACGCAGCCGAAAAGCAUCCAAACUCGACCGCCUUCCUCCUGAGCCGACACUGAAGUGUCAACAACAACAACAACAUGUUUCAAGUACCAGUGAACGAUUUGGCAAGGCUCAGAAGGUCCCGCAAGAAAGUGAAGAGUAUUCUGUGUGACAUCGCGCUGCAGAAUUGUCAGGACUUGAUAGAGGAAUACAGACCUUUUGAUGCCGGCGAGGCAAGUUUCAACAACACGGAAUGGAGCGAUUUCACUGAUGGGCAUGUUGGCAAGAGGAGAAAAAAGUGGAAAUAUCGUCCAGAAUCGCUGUGCUGCAGCCUGUGUUGGUUUUCCACGCGGUCUUUUUACGCCUUCAGAAGUCACGCACUGCGGAGUCAUAGGGAGGAGCUUGACCUCGCAUCACUCUUAACCUGCCCCAGCUGCUCUUUUGUCAGCCGCCCAGAAACCAUCAAUCAGCACCUCAAGUAUUUUCACCCCAAGCCUACAAAAAUAUCCACACCCACCUUCUCCAUCAUUCAGCCACCCAAGACGGCGACGCUCACAGCCUCUGCCAACCUGGUGGAUGAUAGGUACAUGUGUGUGAACUGUGGCUAUGCUGACUCUUUGCUUUAUGUGAUGAAAAAACAUGUUUUGGUGAACCACUAUGCCACAUUGUUGAACCGUUACUUUGGCCACAGGUUGGAAAGUGGCCAAAACACAGACAGUCAAAACAAAAAUGCCAGAGUUUUGAAUUCCAAGUAUUAUUGCAAGGAGUGCAAACUGCCAGCGGAGACCAUAGAACAUCUCCUGUAUCACAUUUUGAGCUCGGACAGGCAUAAGGAUCUCCACUGGCAUAUUAUGCCAUUUAUCAGCGAAAAGACUCAAAAUGCCGGGCAGGCAAACCCAAUGAAUAUUGCAUCAAAUUUAAACCAGGUUAAGCAAAAGAAAGGACAUUCAAUAGCUAAAUCUAAUGGCACGAUGCUCAUGGCAGGGCCAACCAACACAUCAGGUCUUCUGUGCUCUGCUGGAGGGCGGCAGGUCUUCCUCUCCUCCCAGAAUCCAGCUUUACUACCACAGCAGGCCUCUAGUGGGAUUCAUCAAGGUUUGCCUACCUUGUCUUCCUCUUCACUUGUUAAAUCUAUGAAUAUGGUGAUGCCAAAUGUCCAUAAUGCUUCUAAACAGGUUCCCGUGUCCAUGACGGUGCCUAGGCUUUCACAAUCUCAGUCAGCCCAACAGGUGGUUCUGCCCCCAGCAGUUCAUGUCAACCUUCCCGGCAAAACUGGUGUGCGUCCACCUAUGCUUUUUACUCACAGGCUACAACUAAACCAGUCUGCUCCCAGACAGCCCAUCGUCUCCUCUCAGUCUGUCCGUCUCAUUCCCACAGGCAACAAAGUCAACGGUGUCCCAACGUACACUUUAGCUCCUGUUCAAGUAAGCGCGGUACCUGGCCAGCCUGGCGCUAGUCAGAUGGUCAGCCGUACACCGGUAGUUGUGUCAACAAAUGGACCUCGGUCCUCAGUAGUCACUCCAUCAAAGGCGGCAGUACAGCCUGCUAAGCCAGCACCUGGAAGCCUAAAAGAAGCAGCACGUAAAAGGAAUCGCCCAAACAAACUGGCCGUUUUUGCGCCGUUCUUAAAAAAACAGAACGACGAUACUGUAAAAUGCCUCCGUUGCAAAGUUUUGUUGACUGAGCAGUGGAUCUUUCAGCAUUUGUUGCACGGGUUGAGGUGUCUGUUUUGCCCUCUGAUGUUCUACUCCUUCAAGCAGAUCAUGGAGCACUCAAACAAAGAACAUAGCUUAAAAAUAAAGAAAAACCGAGACUUAAUCAAAGGCGAGUACAAACUUGACUGUGACGACGAAGGCAACAUUGCAUUUUCCACCUUCAGCUUGAAUACGGAUGUGCCCAAAGACUUGCUUGAUAACCGAGAGCUCAACCUUGUGCUGGUCACUAGUGCUCAAGAGAAAAUCUACAUAAAGAUGUACCCAGACUCUGCGAAGGCUGUAUACCCACCUACACUGAAAGCCAUACCUACCGUAUGUCCAUUCUGCCAGGUGAAGCUGCAGAGUUUGGAGGACUAUGAGAACCAUUUAAAAACAAUACACCACAUCGUGCCCACCAUCCAUGCCAUAUUGAAAUCUCCUGCUUUCAAGUGCAUCUACUGCUUCGGGGUGUAUUCUGAAAAGUCGACCCCAAAAACCAUUUCUAUUCAUGUGCAGCGCUGCCGGUGCGCUCCCAAGAGUGUCAAGGAAGCAGAGAAGCGGCUGAAUCCGGACACGGUGGCGCACGCCAAUGGUGAUAUGGUCAACUCCGUUCACCAAAGUUUCCAGCCGCACAUCAUACUGAAUGCAGACGUGAAACAAACUGCCAAAGAAAAGAGGGAGUCGGCUGCUGAGAAAUACGGCAACAGAAGCUUCCGGGCUUGCAAGAACGACACUUAUACCCCAGCCGAGCUUGUCCUGGACCCUUCAGGAAUGGAGAUGCAAUCUUUUGAGAACAGGAAGGAAUUCUUGACAAAGUACUUCCACAAUAAGCCGUACCCAUCGAAAAUGGAGAUGCUAACUCUCGCUGCCCGCCUGUGGUUGAACAAGACGGACGUGCUUCAUCACUUCAGUAUGAAACGGAGCAGGUGCAUGAAAACAAUCCAGAGGAGGAAAACUGUAGUACUGCUGGGUUUCAACAUGUGCGAGGUGAAUAAAGUGCAACAUAACCUUCUGAUUCCAGAGGUGGAGCCUACUAUCUGAAGAAACCGUAUUUAUAUAAGCAUGCUUAUGUUAGAAUUCGCCUUCGUUUAAAGUCUGACGAUCGGACGUGUCCGGCUGUUCUGGAGGGCUAUAUUAUAGAGCUCGCCCUUCUCUGUAUAGGUCACAAACAUUUUGACUUGACUUGAAACUAAUUCAUUAUUUUAUUAAAUAAAUUAAAGUUUGGGCAGCACUAAACUGCAGUGAUUUGGCCAAUUAGAGUUGGAAUUGCAUCCUUAAAUUCCAUGUUGAAGAUGUAAUUCUUGGGUUUGUGUAAAGAGUGUGUGUAAAUAAUGACAGAUAUAUUAACGUUUGGGUACUGUUUAUGAUAUUCCUUUAGCCAGUUUGUAAGUUGGCGACUCUAAUGUUAGAAUUAUUUUUUACACAGCUAUUCUGUAUAUGCUCCCGUGUGUAUGGACCCCUGUACACUCUUAUGUCAAAAGUUCUUUCUGAUACCUGUAGUAUGCAUUUUGUUCAGCUGCAAUGCAUCGCUUCUAUAUAAAAUUAUACACACUCAGCGUCCACUUUAAUAGGAACACCUGUACACUCGUAUGCUUGUUUAUGCAGUUAUCCAACAAGCCGGUCAUGUGACUGCGGUGUAGUGCGUAAAAUCAUGCAGAUAAAGGCCAAGAGCUUCGGAUAACUUCAGGCGUUCCUAAUAAAGUGGACUGUGAGGGUAGGUUUACCACUAGUACCCUUUGAGAAGUCCCGUGUAUUGUUUGACAAAAUUGUUUUUUCUUUGUUGAGUGUACUAAUAGGAAACAAUGUCUGCCUUUUAAAAACCAUUAUUAAUAUUCUAUUAAAAAGACUAUUUGGGUUGGGUUGUGUUUUAUUUUCAAUCCAUAGUCUAAUGAAUUCAUUUGUCAGAAACAGUGGGAAGAGUGUGAUUAAUGCUGAUGAAGAGUAUAUUCUUAAUAUUACAUAAUAUAUAUAUUUUUUCUAUGAAACCCAAUCAUUUCUCUAGUGAAGAAAUGGAUUGUUUAGGCAUAAGUAAGGAGUCCUGACAUAGCUUGCGUAUUCUAUGGCACUUAAUUAUAGCUUAUUUACAUUCAUUUUGCUGAGCAAACUUCAUAAAUAAACAUAUUUAGGAAGCUGCAAGGUGAUGUAAAGUCAAAAUGGUAAGCUAGCUAAAAUGUUCACAAACACAGAAAGGUUUGUACGGUUGCUUUGUAGCCUCAAACCUCCAUAUGAUAAACUCAAUACGAGAUAAAUUGACGUUUUUUGAAGGAAAGGAAAAAAGAUGUGGUUGUUGGAGCUCUGGACUUUUGAUUGAACUGAGAUUUGCUCAAAUGCUUUAGACUCUGAGUCUGUCAAGAACCAGUUAUACAUAUGAAUAUAUACAUGUGAUACUGUAUGUGAGCACUGAUAAGUGAAAACCGAGCAGAUUCACAGCACACCUGUUUAUUAUUAAUGUUUGGUUUAGCUAUAAACCCUAUAAAAUCCUUGCUGAAGAUUUUGUUUAUAUGUAAUUUGUGUUCUCUUCAAAUGAUGAUUCAUUAUAAAUAAAAAAGGUUAUACAUGUUGAUGCAUGUUGAAUAAAUGCUGUACUUCUCUGUCGAUGUAAAAUGUUAGUGUGUGGUGGUGUUCAUCAGAAGAACCGAACAAGACGUGCGGUUGCCACGUGCUCCGUCAUGCGAAACUGUGACAAUUAAAACAAAGUAAACAUCAUUACUCACAGUAUGGAUAGACAAGUACACAAUCCUCUAAAACUAAAAUUAAUGUUGGACUUGACUAAUAAUGCAUUUUGGCUGAUCGGGAGAAACGUAUUGUUUUUUCUGUAUCUGAACUACAGGAAUUUGUUAGGAACAUAAUGGGAAAUGAACUAAAGGAAGCCUUGGUAUAGCUAUAUAAGUGGACAGACUUUUUUCUUUAUUCAUAACUUCAGACUGAGUAUCUGCCUGUGCUGAGAAGAAAGAUAAAAACCUCUACGGUUGUUAUGGAGCUGAUCCUGUAUCUGUUAUACUGUAUGUAUACAUCUCCACACUGUCCUGUGUUAUUAGUUUUGUACACUGUAUUAACAUGAUGUAGCUCUGUGGAUUGUCUUGUACGUUACCCUUUGGUCAAUGGAGGCUUUUUAUUCCUGACAGUGUGCCUGUUGUGUGGUGAGGAUGACAAUAAAAAUGACCUGAACUCCCACAAGGAAGCAAACUGACAGCUCUGUCCUCUAAUGCACAUGUCUGACUUCUUUAAUAGGAAAGUGAAUUAAAAAGCUAUACGUGGGUGGGGCUGAGCAUUAUUUAUUUACUUACCAAAAAAUUAAUAAAUGCAUAGCAAUAUUGUAAAUAAAAUGUUGUAAAUAAAUUGAUUAUUUUGUUUAUGAGAAUAAAUAACAAGGAUGACAACAAGAAAGAAAUAUUAUAUUUAUAUUUUAUUAUUAUUAUUAUUAGCAGUACACUGAAAAUCUGGUCAAUUUAUUAGUAGUUAUUUACUGUAGACUAAAUUCUGUAAUGCAAUAUUUAAUAUUUGACGCAGGUUUAACUUUCAAAUACCAAAAAAUAUGACGUUUAAAAACAGGAUGCGUUUCCACAAACUACAUAAAUAUACAGUAGACUUUUUUAGAGUCUAUAUCUAUACCCUAGACAAAACACGCCUCUGCACUAUGAUUGGCUACAACAUAACAACGGCGCGCGAUGAUUGGCUGCAGCUUUAUACUUCCGAUAGAAUAAUAUCAGCCAAUCCCAGCACAGGAGGCAGGACUGUGACGUCAUUAUUUUGCACGUUUAGCCUCGUGUAUUUUUUUUUAACAAUAAUAUUAAUGUUUUUGUGAGUAAUAUUUAAUCAUGAUCGGUCAUCACUGGGUUCAGAAAUGUUUGUUAUCUCGACGUGUUGGUGCUGUGGUGACAACGAUGCGUAAAAUAACCCUGGAGACUCCAAAUGGAUCUAAACACACGACCUUGAUGAGAACAUCAACAUUUCAGAGUGUAACAAACUUACACACUUCUGUUUGUCAGGGUCGCGAUCUGCUGAAGAAGAUGUUCACUAACAAGAGG